GGGACGGCCGGGGCUGGGAGAGCCUGUGAGGGGAGAGUUGGGGAGAUCUGUGGACCGCACUGGGGACGGGCGAAGUUAUCCUUUCCUCUUCCUGAGGGGUGUGUCUUCCUGAGUGAUCCCCUUCCCCCCUCAGCUUCCAACAAUGAGGGUUUGGCGUUGGGGAUCUCAGCAGAGCGCCCAGCUGGCAGGCUCGGAACGUCGGACGGUAAUGAAGCACCAGGUGUAGGCUGUGCAGGUCUGCACGCUGGUCUUGAAAGGAGCACCAGAGAUGAGGGCAGCCGGAGACACCGGAGAGGGAGCUUAACCUCGUGCAGCUGCACCUUCGUGAAGUGCACGAGCGGGGAGGAAGGAGGAAUCUUAAGUUCCUAAGUGCAUUAGGCCUUUAUCAGAGACUGAUUCCAAUAAGCACUGCUUAAUAGGCUACAGUUGAAGUUCACUGUUUAAAGUUGCCUUUUUUCUUUUUUUUGGGAGCUGCUUUGUGGAAAGUUUUUAGAAAUUUAAACAUACGCAGACAGCUAAAGAUUAAACACUUUGGGGGUGAAUUAAAACACUCCAAAUGGUGUAGAAAUUGAGUUUGAAGCUUUGGUAAGUUAGGUUAAACUCGUUCUGGCUAAGUCACAAGCAGGCAAAGGGCAACUGUGUCUCCAGUUUUGGCUAAAGCAGUUGCUGAAUAGACUGAGUUGAUCUUUCCAAGAAAAACACUGGACUACUCUUGAGUUGAUCUGUAUUUUGGAUAGACAUGUCUUGCGAUAGGCAGACAUACUUGAUGUUUCCUAAUAAACAAGGCUUCCUUUUCUUUAGUUCAAGUAUCUAACAUGAAAUAGCUGGGCUCAUUGUCUUGUAGGUUCUAAGAAAACGUUAGGCAUGUCCUUUCUAAUUUUGCAGCGUCAGCAGUCAUAAUGAUGUUAGGUGCCAUCGGGUGGGUUCCGACUCACCAUAGGGUUUCCAAGGAAAGGGCUGGUGGAUUCCAACUGCUGACCUUUUGAUUAGCAGCCAUAGCUCUUAACCACUACUCCACCAGGGCUCCACUUUACCUUUCUGAGAUUCAUACUGAGAUUUAAAAUAUAACAAGGCCUAAUGAAACUUUCUUAAAUCUAUUAACUCUUUCAAUAUUAUAAGUAAAGCAUACGGAGUGUUAUUGCACCCUUAAUGAUUCAGGGUCAGCAUUAUGAAGAGCCAUUAUUUUACGAUUUUGUUCCCGAUUUAGUUUUUUCUAUAUCUUCCUUUAAUGUCAGUAGUCUCUUUGCAUGAUGGAAUAUUUUUCAUUCAAAAUCUCUCACCCCAAGCCUUCUCUUAGUUUAUAGGCUUUAUUCUGCUUUUGAAGGAGCCUUGGCGGUGCAGUGGAUAAUAACUCAGCUGCUAACUGAAAGGUUUUGUAGGAUCACAUUAACAAAAAAGCACCAUGGAGUUUUAUGAGUCAACAUAUUUCAUUGUCCUUAUUCCUUCAAUAGUUAUUGCAGCAAUUUUCCUAUUCUUCUGGCUUUUCAUGAAAGAAACAUUAUAUGAUGAAGUUCUUGCAAAACAGAAAAGAGAACAAAAGCUUAUUCCUACAAAAACAGAUAAGAAGAAGGCAGAAAAGAAGAAAAAUAAAAAGAAAGACAUCCAGAACGGGAAUCUCCAUGAAUCUGAUUCUGAGAGUGUACCCCGGGACUUUAAAUUAUCCGAUGCCUUGGCUGUAGAAGAUGAGCAAGUUGUACCUGUUCCUUUGAAUGUGGUUGAAUCAUCAAGUAGUGUUAGGGAAAGAAAGAAGAAGGAAAAGAAACACAAACCUGUACUUGAAGAGCAGGUCACCAAAGAAAGUGAUGUAUCCAAGAUUCCUGGCAAAAAAGUAGAACCGGUCCCAGUUACUAAACAGCCAACUCCUCCAUCUGAAGCAGCUGCCUCAAAGAAGAAACCAGGGCAGAAGAAGUCGAAAAAUGGAAGCGAUGACCAGGAUAAAAAGGUGGAAGCUCUUGUGGCACCUUCAAAAAAGCAAGAAUUAUUACCCCUCCAUCAAGAGACUAAACAAGAAAGUGGAUCGGGAAAGAAGAAAGUCUCAUCAAAGAAACAAAAGACAGAAAACGUAGAUGAGCCCCUUAUUCACGCAACUACUUAUAUUCCUUUGAUGGAUAAUGCUGAUUCAAAUCCUGUGGUGGAUAAGAGAGAAGUGGUUGAUCUGAAUAAACCUGAACAGGUAGAAGGGAUCCAGAAAACUGGGAGUAAAAAACUGAAGACUGAAACUGACAAAGAAAAUGCUGAAGUGAAAUUUAAAGAUUUUCUUCUGUCCUUGAAGACCAUGAUGUUUUCUGAAGAUGAAGCCCUUUGUGUUGUAGACCUGCUAAAGGAGAAGUCUGGUGUGAUACAGGAUGCUUUAAAGAAGUCUAGUAAAGGAGAAUUAACUGUACUUGUACAUCAACUUCAAGAAAAAGAGAAGUUACUUGCUGCUAUGAAGGAAGAUGCUGCUGCUACAAAGGAUCGGUGUAAGCAAUUAACCCAGGAAAUGAUGACAGAGAAAGAAAGAAGCAAUGUGAUUAUAGCAAGGAUGAAAGAUCGGAUUGGAACAUUAGAAAAGGAACAUAAUGUAUUUCAAAACAAAAUGCAUGUCAGUUAUCAAGAGACUCAGCAGAUGCAGAUGAAGUUUCAGCAAGUUCGUGAGAAGAUGGAGGCAGAGAUAGCUCAUUUGAAGCAGGAAAAUGGCAUACUGAGAGAUGCUGUCAGCAACACUACCAGCCAGCUGGAAAGCAAGCAGUCUGCUGAACUAAAUAAACUGCGCCAGGAUUAUGCCAGAUUGGUGAAUGAGCUGACUGAGAAAACAGGAAAGCUACAACAAGAGGAAGCCCAAAAGAAGAAUGCAGAGCAAGCAGUUACUCAGUUGAAGGUUCAACUACAAGAAGCUGAGAGAAGGUGGGAAGAAGUCCAGAGUUAUAUCAGGAAGAGAACGGCAGAACAUGAGGCAGCACAGCAAGAUUUACAGAGUAAAUUUGUGGCCAAAGAAAAUGAAGUACAGAGCCUGCACAGUAAGCUUACAGAUACCUUGGUAUCAAAACAGCAGUUGGAGCAAAGACUAAUGCAAUUAAUGGAAUCGGAGCAAAAAAGGGUGAACAAAGAAGAAUCUUUACAAAUGCAAGUUCAGGAUAUUUUGGAGCAGAAUGAAGCUUUGAAAGCUCAAAUUCAGCAAGUCCAUUCUCAGAUAGCAGCCCAGACCUCCGCUUCAGUUCUAGAAGAAUUACAUAAAGUGAUUGCAGAAAAGGAUAAGCAGAUAAAACAGACUGAAGACUCUUUAGCAAAUGAGCAUGAUCAUUUAACAAGCAAAGAGGAGGAACUUAAGAGUGUGCAGAAUGUGAAUUCUUUCUUAAAAGCUGAAGUGCAAAAAUUACAGGCCCUGACGAAUGAACAGGCUGCUGCUGCACAUGAACUGGAGAAGAUACAAAAAAGUACUCAUCUUAAGGAUGAUAAAAUAAGAUUGCUUGAAGAGCAGCUACAGUGUGAAAUUUCAAACAAAAUGGAAGAAUUUAAGAUUUUGAAUGACCAAAACAAAUCAUUGAAAUUAGAAGUUCAGAAGCUACAAACUCUUGUUUCUGAACAGCCUAAUAAAGAUGUUGUGGAACAAAUGGAAAAAUGCAUUCAAGAAAAAGAUGAGAAGUUAAAGACUGUAGAAGCAUUACUUGAAACUGGACUUAUUCAGGUGGCUACUAAAGAGGAUGAAUUAAAGGCAUUAAGAACAGAGAACUCAUCUCUGACAAAGGAAGUUCAAGACUUAAAGGCUAAGCAAAAUGAUCAGGUUUCCUUUGCAUCUCUAGUUGAAGAACUUAAGAAAGUGAUCCAUGAGAAAGAUGGAAAAAUCAAGUCUGUGGAAGAACUUCUGGAAGCUGAACUUCUCAAAGUUGCUAAUAAGGAAAAAACUGUUCAGGAUUUGAAACAGGAAAUAGAGGCUCUAAAAGAAGAAAUAGGAAAUAUCCAGCUUGAAAAGGCUCAACAGUUAUCUAUCGCUUCUCAAGUUCAGGAGCUUCAGAACUUAUUAAAAGGAAAGGAGGAACAGAUGAAUACUAUGAAGGCUGUUUUAGAAGAGAAGGAGCAGGACCUAGCAAAUAGAGGGAAAUGGUUACAGGAUCUUCAAGAAGAAAAUAAAUCCUUAAAAGCGCACGUUCAGGAGGCAGCAGAACAUAACUUGAAAGAGGCAUGUUCUGCAUCACGACUUAAAGAACUUGAGACUGUAUUGAAAGAAAAGGAAAAUGAAAUGAAGAAAGUAGAAGCUAUGUUAAAAGAGACGGAGAGUGAUCUUUCUAACAAAACAAAGCUGUUACAGGAGGUACAAGAUGAAAACAAGUUGUUUAAAUCCCAAAUUGAACAGCUUAAGCAUCAGAGUUACCAACAGGUGUCUUCUUUUCCUUCUCAUGAAGAACUGUUAAAAGUAAUUUCAGAAAGAGAGAGAGAAAUAAUUGAUCUCCAGAGUGAGUUAGACUCUUUGAAGGAUGCUGUCGAACACCAGAGGAAGAAAAACAAUGACCUUCGGGAGAAAAACUGGGAAGCAAUGGAAGCAUUGGCAUCAACUGAAAAAAUGCUGCAGGACAAAGUGAACAAGACUUCCAAGGAAAGACAACAACAUUUGGAAGCUGUGGAGUUGGAGGCUAAAGAAGUUCUGAAAAAGUUAUUUCCGAAGGUUUCUGUCCCUUCUAAUUUGAGUUAUAGUGAAUGGUUGCGUGGAUUUGAAAAGAAGGCUAAAGAAUGUGUGGCUGAAACUUCAGGUUCAGAGGAGGUUAAGGUUCUAGAGCACAGGUUGAAAGAAGCUGAUGAAAUGCACACAUUGUUACAGCUAGAGUGUGAAAAAUAUAAAUCCGUCCUUGCAGAAACAGAAGGAAUUUUGCAGAAGCUACAGAGAAGUGUAGAGCAAGAAGAAAAUAAAUGGAAAGUCAAAGUCGAUGAAUCACAGAAGACUAUUAAACAGAUGCAGUCGUCCUUUACGUCUUCGGAACAAGAGCUAGAGCAAUUAAGAAGAGAAAAUAAAGAUAUUGAAAAUCUGAGAAGAGAACGAGAGCAUUUGGAAAUGGAACUGGAGAAGGCAGAAAUUGAACGAUCUACCUAUGUUACGGAAGUCAGAGAGCUGAAAGAUCUGUUGACUGAAUUGCAGAAAAAACUUGAUGAUUCAUAUUCUGAAGCAGUAAGACAGAAUGAAGAGCUAAAUUUGUUGAAGGCACAGUUAAAUGAAACACUCACAAAACUUAGAAGUGAACAAAGUGAAAGACAGAAGGUAGCUGGUGACUUGCAUAAGGCCCAACAAUCAUUGGAUCUUAUCCAGUCAAAAAUUGUAAAAGCUGCUGGAGAUACUACUGUUAUUGAGAAUAGUGAUGGUUCCUCAGAAUCGAGUGAAGUAAUUGGGAACUGUUCAUUCAAGGAUACAGAAGGCAUUGUAUUAUAUUUUGCCAAAUUAAAGCCUUAUUUAUGUUUUCACCCUUUCUACUUUGUCAGAAACACUGAACAGAGUUUUUGUCUUUUCUAAUCCUUGUUAGACUACUGAUUUAAAGAGAGAAAAAUAAAAAAUAAUAAAAAAAUUUAAAAAGCCAACUCUGUAGACACCUUCAGAGUUUAGUUUUAUAAUAAAAAUUGUUUGAAUAAUUAGACCUUUACAUUCCUGAAGAUAAACAUGUAAUCUUUUAUCUUAUUUUGCUCAAUAAAAUUGUUCAGAAGAUCAAAAGUGGUAAAGACAAUGUAAAAUUUAACAUUUUAAUACUGAUGUUGUACACUGUUUUACUUAACAUUUUGGGGAGUAACUGCCCCUCACUUCAACUCAAGAAAACACUUUUUUUUUUUGUUGCUAAUGUAAUCUGUUUUUGUAAUGACGUCACCAAAUAAAGAGAUGCUUAUUAUUCAAA